GAGCAAUUCGAACCACUUCGCGUACGUCAUGACCGUUCCUUGCGUGGAGAAGAAGCCGUAGUAUUUCUUUUGACUCUCAGGUAGCUUGUCGGUCGUCUGAGCUUUCGAUAGCUCUCCUGAAUCGUUUGUCAUGGGAUUACUACAAUUAAUGCACAAAUUUUAUUCAGUGAUUCCAAUAUUUUUGUUCCUUGCACUGUUUACAAUUCAAGUAAAAGGCCAAUGCUCUUCACAUCAUUUUCAGUGUAGAUCUAAUAAAUGUAUUCCAAUUUCAUGGCAGUGUGAUGAGGAAAAUGAUUGUGGAGAUGGUUCAGAUGAACUGAACUGUGAGGCUAGAACAUGCUCAGAUACCGAAUUCCGAUGUAAAACUAAUGGCAGAUGCAUUCCAAAUCGGUGGCAAUGUGACAAUGAAGAUGAUUGCCUUGAUAAUUCUGAUGAAGACCCUGAAAUUUGCAGUAACCGAACUUGCUUAGCCAAUCAAUUUACAUGCCUGUCUCCUGCCAUGUGUAUACCAAUAUCUUGGCAUUGUGAUGGACAAGAAGAUUGUAAAGAUGGAUCUGAUGAAAAGAGCGAUUGUCAACAAAUUACAUGCUCUGAAGAUGAAUUUACCUGUAGUAAUAAUAAAUGUAUUACUAAGCGAUGGGUAUGUGACCAAGACAAUGAUUGUGGAGAUAAUAGUGAUGAAAAAAAUUGUGCUAAUGUUACUUGCAAAUCAUCAGAAUUUGUCUGCGCAAAUGGGAAGUGCAUUCCUGAGAAAUGGAAAUGCGACGGAUCAUUUGACUGCUCCGAUGAAUCAGAUGAAAAAGAUUGCCCGACUGCUGAACCUACUUUGUGCAAGUCUGGAGAGUUUAUGUGUUCGAAUAAAAAAGAUUGUAUCCAUAACUCCUGGACUUGUGAUGGAGAUUCUGAUUGUCCAGAUGGUUCUGAUGAAUUAAAUUGCACUAAGACUUGCAGACCUGAUCAGUUUCAGUGCAAGAAUCUUCAUUGCAUUCCUGGCCUGUUGCAAUGUAAUGGAGAUGAAGAAUGUGUUGAUGGUUCUGAUGAAAUAGACUGUGAAGCAUUACAACCCAGCAAAUGUAAUCCUAAAACUCAGUUUAAUUGUGGAGACCAUUGCAUACCUUUAAAAUUGGUUUGUGAUACUAAGAAUGAUUGUGGUCAGUUUGAAGAUGAACCAAAAGAUAUGUGCUAUAAGAAUGAAUGCAAAGAAAAUAAUGGAGGUUGCUCUCAGAUAUGUCAUGAUCUGCCUAUUGGAUUUGAGUGUCUGUGCCGGGAAGGAUAUUACUUAAUGGAUAACCGCACAUGUGAAGAUAUUAAUGAAUGUGAAAUACCCGGAACUUGUUCUCAAAUAUGCCAUAACACCAAAGGAGGUCACAAGUGUGAAUGCAUUUCUGGUUAUAGUCUUGAACCAAACAACAAUAAAAGAUGUCGAGCAGAAGAAGGCCACAUUGUAAUUCUAUUUACAAAUCGUCAAGAAAUACGCAAAAUUGAUACAGAAACGAAGGAAUAUUUGGCAGUUGUUAGUAAUCUGAGAAAUGGGGUUGCACUUAACUAUGAUUAUGGUACUGGUACUAUAUAUUGGUGUGAUAAUAUUGAAGAAGCAAUUAAAAGUGUUCCAGUUAACAGUGGUAGUCCAGUAAAUACUAUUGUCUCUCAGGACUUGGGUACUAUUGAUGGUAUAGCAGUAGACUGGAUUUAUGGACAUAUCUAUUGGUCGGAUACUGUCGGAAAUGUCAUCGAAGUUGCUGAUAAAAAUGGAAAAAUGAGGAAAACUAUAAUUAAUGAUAAUUUAGAUGAACCAAGAGCUAUUGUUGUAGAUCCUCUUGAAGGCUGGAUGUAUUGGACUGAUUGGGGUGAACCUGCAAAAAUUGAAAGAGCUGGUAUGGAUGGUAGUCAUCGAGCAACAAUCGUAUCUUCUGACAUUAAGUGGCCUAAUGGUCUUGCUAUUGAUUUUGUUUCCAAAAAAAUAUUUUGGGCUGAUGCUAAAUUGCAUCUUUUAAGUUCCUGUGAUUAUAAUGGAGACAAUAGAAGAGUGAUUCAAUCCUCACCCGUGGUUUUGAAGCAUCCAUUUUCCAUUGAUGUUUUUGAAGAUUGGAUUUAUUGGACUGACUGGGAAACAGAAGCAAUUCACAAGAUGAAUAAGUUUACUGGAGAGGAAGUUACUGAAGUUACUAAUGGAAUAAACUCUCCUAUGGAUAUUCAUAUAUAUCAUUCUUAUAAACAACCAAAAGGUGUAAAUCACUGUAGUAAUAUGAAUGGACAUUGUUCACACUUAUGUUUACCGACACCGAAUAUAAAUGCUCAGUCGCCGAGAUAUACAUGUGCUUGUCCUAAUGGCAUGGUUCUGGCUGCUGAUCAUGCAACCUGUAUGCAAAGGGUUUUCAAUUCUACAUCUGCCCCUGUGAGUAACACUAAGACUACCACCGUUUCUUCAGUCACCAGUGAUAUUAUCAUCUCAACUUCAACAGCUAUUUCAAAUCUUAAUUUAAAUGAUUCAAACUCAUCAAAGUUUGAUUCGGGCAGUUUUCAGCCCACAGAUGCUUAUAAUAUAGAUAACUCUACAUUAUACAUUGGCAAUGUAUCGGAACAUCCAUUUGGUCAGAGUAUGUUCCCUGACACAGGAAAACUGGCUGGAAUGAUUAUUGGUGUUUUAAGUGGCAUUAUUCUUUUAUUAGCUUUGGUGGCAUUCCUAAUAUAUAAACAUUACUUGCGGAAAAAUGUUACGAGCAUGAAUUUCGAUAACCCUGUAUACAGGAAAACUACUGAAGAUCAAUUUAGUUUAGAGAAAAAUCAGUACCAACCUGCAAGGUCAUAUCCGCCGAGUUUAGAGCCUUUAACAUCUCCUGGAACAAAUGAAUUUGUGUAGUUGUCUAAUUAACUUUGUCUGAAAGGCAAGGCUGUGUUCAAAAUGAAGACUUUUUAACUUGUUCCUUGCUCAUUCAGCUCAAAACAAGUUAGUGCUCUUUGGCAGCUGAUUAAAUUUCUUUCCCCUUUGCUUCCAAGACACUAGCCUAGUGCGUGAUAUUUUUUUUGCCGGUGAAUUCAGUUUAACUGAAUAAAUAAGCUGUCUUUUGGAAGUAAACUGAUUCUUUGCACUAAGUUGAUGCUGGUUGUUCCUAUAAAUCUCAGUUUUAAAUAAUGAAGCUCGCAUGACAAGCAAGUUUUCAGUUCAUGUUUAUUUAUCUCAGCCAACAAUUUCAUUUUCGUGUGGUUACUUAGAAUGAAUGGAUGGUGUCUAAUUACUUAAAUUAUUGAUGUUUAAUUGCAGUAUUAAAAACAGUUGAAUAAUAUCUAUUUUUGCCUUUUAUAUCUUGCAAAAAAGAAUAGAACUUGGCGAUAAGAAUUUUUGCCAGUGUUUUAUACAUUCCAGAAAUACACUACUUGAAAGGAAUGUGUGUGAAAUAAUUGUACUUACUAUAUUACAUUAUGUGUUUCAGUUAUGAAAAAAACUAACACCUUUUUGUAACGCUAAUAUAAUUAGUUUAAAUUUUGCUCAUUAGAUUAAAUUUAUUAGAUUUUACUUUCUGCAAUGUUAAACUAUUUUGUGAAUAGUAAUGUAUUUUGUGGUGUGAAAAGUAUUAUAUUUUUGACAAAAGGUUUUCUUUAUUUAAAUUUGUUACCUAUUUUAUUCAUUUUUUUUUUUUGAAAAAAAAAUGUUCAUAUAUUUCACACUUUAUUUUCCUAACAUGAAAUUAUGCUUGAGUACUUACUCAAAUGUUUGGUAUUCCUUGUACAAUGUGAUCAAAGGUACUUUAAUGGCUAAAGUACUUUGUCUAAAAUUUUUUGAAAAGAAAAUGAACUUUUGUUGGUUUGUUUAGCAUUUGGCCGACUUCUCAUUUUCAUAUGUCUUUAUGUAAAUAUUUUCAUCUCUUUUUAUCAUAAUUACAAAUUUUAAAUUGAUUAUUUGAAAAAAAAAUUGUAUGCACAAUUCAUUAUGUAAAAAAAUGUAAACUGGUUAUGUGUAUAAAAUUUUAAAAAUAUUUCUUUUUAAAAGCAAAGAUUACCAAUGUGAGUCAUUAUAUUAACCCUCUGAGCAUUAUUCGUGGCUUUUUUCUGAAAUUUAAACAUGAUGGUUUUGCUCCAUCCAGAAAAAAAAAAGAAAAACUUUUAUCCACACUGCAAUUUUAAUCUAAUGAUAUUGAUGACAUUAAAUUUGUAGCUAUUUUACAAUGUGACAUGAAUUCUUUCUUUUGCAAGUUUUGCUUGUGUAUGUAAGAUUUGAAAAUAUAUAAAACAGUUAAUUUAAGAGAGAUUUUGCCUACUAGAAUCAUCAGUAAAUAUAAAUACCAUUUAAAAAUAUUCUUCUUUAAAUUUCAAUAAUUAUAAACAAACCAUAAUUUACUGAGUUUUUUCACCUAUUUUAAUGUAAUUUUUCUUUUUUAAAUUUAAAAUAUUAUUUUAAAAUCUAAAGAUAUUACUAAAAUUAAACUUUAAAUGUGUAAAAUCAAUUUUACAAAAGUAAAAAACGACACAGUGUAGUAAAUAUUGAAAACUAAUACAUUAAAAUGAACAAUAUACAAUUAAGUUUGGAUAAACUGAGCAGUUGCAUAAUGUAGCUUCUUAAGGUUGAUGUUGUUAAUUAGUAUCAUACAAAAUUUUAUACCUUUAUAUUGCUAAUAACAUUAUAAAUUUUUAGCUAUUGUAAAUACAUGUGAUGUUCAUCUUGAGCAUUAUUCAUAUCAAAUAUUCUGCGAAGAAAUAUUUGUUUAAAAUUCCUUUGUUAAUGAAUUAAUGGUUGUAUAUAUAUAUUUUACAAAAUUAUUUAUAAAUAUUGUCAUUUUUAAUCAUGACACGUUGGAAUGAAUGGAUGAGUUACCUGAGUUGAGCAACUUUUGUGUAUUUGUGACUAUAUUUGUUACGUCCAUUUUGAAAAAAAAAAAUAUAUUGUUUACAAUGUGUUGUGUUUAUGAUGCAUUAUUUGCAUUGCAUUUGGUUUUACUUAAAGGAUAUUAAUUAUAUUUUUAACAUUUAAAUAUAUUUUUAACAUGUACCUCUUUCAAAAUUUGGUAACAGUUUCAUUUUUUAAUAAUUAUGAUAUUUAAAAUCAAUUAACUUUCCUCAAUAUUUUUAAAUAUUUUCAAGCAAGGUAAGAAAAUAAAAAUAAAUUAAUAUCAAAUGUAAAUUAUAUUGCACUGGUGUCUGUGGGAAACUAGAAAAGUAAUACUUUCACUUCUAAACUAGUCAUGCCAUUUUUUUUUAAAAAUUUUAUUUUGAUGAUCAUUUAGUGUACUAUUUGAAUGUAGCCUAAUUAUCUGUGAUGGUUUAUUCUUAAAAUCAUUUUGUGUGAAACAAUGUAUAGAAAAUAAAUUUUGUUUUUAAAAUAA